GCAGAGCUGAAAAAGAUGGACAGUAACGAUCGCAUAAUAUCAAUUUAUCGGCCUCAUCAUCGAAAGCGGCUUCCAAUUGCUCGGAAAUUCUCAGCUAUAUGGGGGACUUUGAUGGUGAGCAAAAAGAAUUGAUCAAGAAAUUGGUAAAAUUUCGCAUGAUCGAUGGUAAAAGAAUGAGAGUUCGUGCUAUUGUUUAUAAAACUUUUCACCGCCUAGCUCGAAGUGAAUGCGAUGUAAUAAAACUUAUGGUUGACACCGUAGAUAAUAUAAAGCCAAUAUGCGAAGUGGUCAAAGUAGGAGUCGCAGGUACUAUUUAUGAUGUUCCUGGGAUUGUAGCCAGGGAUCGUCAACAAACCUUAGCUAUUCGUUGGAUCCUUGGAGCAUCUUUCAAACGACGUAUAAGCUACAGGAUAAGCUUAGAGAAAUGUUCAUUUGCUAAGAUAUUGGAUGCUUACCGAAAGAGGGGAAUUUCACGUAAGAGAAGGGAGAAUCUUCAUGGACUGGCUUCCACCAAUCGGAGUUUCGUGCAUUUCAGAUGGUGGUAAAGUGAUACCACAUAAGGAGCUCUUCCUCAUUCAGUCAUACUCAACAAAAGUAAGAAAUGUUUGACCCGGAUCCUUUUUUCAUCUUCAUAUAGAAAGAAAAUCGGCCUUCCUCAUA